AUGCAGAAAAGAGAUGCAGAAAAUUUAGAGGAAACUGCAGCAUAUUAUGUGGAACAACUUUUUAGCAGAAAUAUGGUUCAGGUUGCAGAGACAGCUGUUGAUCAGAGGAUUAAAAGCUGUCAUGAUUUAUUGCGAGAAUUUGCAAUCAGCAAGGCAAAGGAAGAAAAUUUUUUUCAGAUCCAUGAGAUCAGGGAUGGUGAAAUAUUAGCAGAAUCCAGUCUUAGCUUCGAAACUUUCGGAAAGCUUAGGAUAGUAGACCUUGAGAAUGUUAGGAUUAAUUCCGUGCCAGAAGAAAUUGGUGAAGUCAGGUUUCUGAGAGACCAAGAAGACUUGCGUGACAUGCAGGUGGAGAAAGCUGCACUGCCACAGCUCCAGUGCCUGAGAAUCAGGAACUGCCGCUCAUUACGCGUGUUGCCGAAAGAGCUGAAGCACAUAUCUACUCUUGAUAAGCUUGAGCUUGUGGACAUGUCAAAAGAUUUUGUCAGUAGGCUUGAUGCGGGGUUGGUAUCCAAUGUCCCUUACCUCAAAAUAUUUUGA